AUGGCCAAGGAGGACCCUGAUUUCUUUGCCAAAUCCGCGGAGGGCCAAACCCCGGAGUAUCUGUGGAUAGGCUGCUCGGACUCCAGGGUGGUGACAAACUUCAUCACGGGCCUGGAGCCAGGCGACAUCUUCACACACCGCAACGUCGGCAACAUCGUCUCUCACAGCGACCUGAAUUGCAUGUCUGCCGUCGAAUUCGCGGUCAGCAGCUUGAAGGUCAAGCACAUCAUCGUUUGCGGGCACUACGGUUGCGGUGCGUGCGCGGGUGCCCUGAACUUGCCCAUGGCCGCGCCGGGCAUGGUGAACUCGUGGAUAUCUCGCAUCCGGGACGUGAAGCUGGAGUGGUCCGGCGAACUGGGCCAACUGCAAGGGGACGAUAAGCUGUCCAGGCUCUGUGAGCUUAACGCGGUGAGCCAGACCCUCCACAUGUGCGAGAGCGCCCCCGUGCAGGGCGCAUGGGCCGCGGGCGAGGAGCUCCACGUCCACGGCAUGAUCUACGGGCUCAGCGACGGCGCCCUCGCCUGCCUCGUCGGACCCAUUUCUUCGCCGCAGCAGGCCACGGAGGCGAGGCAGGCGUUCUCGACGAGCCGAGCGGAUGCGGGUGCCUGA